AGUUAGUGAUAAGUAACGGACGCGUCAACAACCAGCUCGUAAUAAUUUGUUAUUCGGAUUGUUAUCGCAAGUUCAAGGAAUUCAGAGGCAAUGUUGAACCCUUUGUCAGUCCUCCAAAUAUGCCGUAAAAUUUUCGUGCUCCUUGCAAUCGGUUGCUUGUGUUUGAAAGGAUGCGAAGCUGCUGCAAAUAAUCGAUUGCGUUGUGAUAGGCCCAAUUCGAUCGCAAACGGAAGCAUCCGUUUAAAACGAAAUUUCAUGAGAGUAUUCUGUGACGCCGGCUAUCUGCUGCAAGGACUCAAAACUAUCGGUUGUGUUCACGGAAAAUGGGAUGGCGAAAAACCGGUGUGCGCAAAAAAAGGAUGCCCAAAAAAUCUUAAUAGUCCCGAAAAUGGACGAAUACAAAUCGAAUCGGAGCUGAAGGCAAUUCUUUACUGUACGGAUAAUUACAUUCUGGCGGGAAAUCGCAACGCCUAUUGUAAUGGAACGCACUGGGAUCGACCCCUCGGCUCAUGCAGAGAACGAAAAGCCAAAGCGUCGCACGAAUGUGACUUCGAAACGGAGGAUGUAUGUGGUUGGUCAUAUGAGCCAAUGGCAAACCUCGAGUGGAAGCGAGUUAUGGCCGCCAACGUGUUCUCCUCGUUCAAGACGGGACCACGACAUGAUCACACUACAAGGACACAUAAUGGGGGUCAUUACAUGCUUAUGGAGAGCUUGAUCCGCCAAGAUAUGCCUGUAACCUUAACCUCUCCUAUAUACGAUCGAGAGUUGUCGCUGAAAACAGCAUGUUGCUUCCAAUUCCACUAUUUUAUGUAUGGUGCAGGGGUAGGAGACCUACUGGUUGUGGUUAAACCUUUAUCCAGUAGUGUAGAUGAUAUACUUAAUGAUGACUAUGAUUCCAACUUGAUAAAAUUCGAACGAAAUGGCAACCAGAACAAUGCGUGGAACGAAGCUCACUUUACAAUUGAUGAGAUGGAAGAAGACUUCCAAAUAGUAUUUGUGGCAAAAUCAGGACGCAAUCAUCUUUCUGAUAUAGCUGUGGAUGAUGUGCGCUUAAUGACUGGUGAAGAUUGUAGAAAUUUAGACAAAGGCUUCGACGAUACCAUAUCGAAUGAGGAGUUUGAAAUGACCACUUAUCAAUCCCUCUUCGAAAUGCAGUCCUGCGCCGGUCGCUGUUUUAAUGCAGGUGGUAUUGGCAUAAUACGUGAAUCAGAUCAUUUGUCAGGCCUAUGUAGUUGCUCUGCCGACUGUGAAGAUGCCGAUACGUGUUGUCCCGAUUUUAAAGCUAUUUGCCUCACAGAAUUAUUUGAUUCGACCAGUGAGCAAACAAAUUUUAUUGGAAGUGAGACAUAUACCGACCAAAAGAUCGUCAUUUCUACACCAACCCAAAUAAUAUCAACAGCAACAGCGCCAAGUACAUCAACAAAAUCUACAUCUACUACACCAAGGACUACCAGAAGUACUACAACUAGAACCAGUAGUACAACGACAACGUCUACUACACAAACAAUGGGAACAACGCCAACUACAACCAUAAGAACAAUCCCGACUACAACGGUAAGAACUACGCCAACUACCACAACGGUAAAAACCACACCGACAACAACGGCAAGAACUAAGCCGACAACAACAACAACAGUAAAGGCAACCCCUACAACAACGAUUAAAACUACACCGAAAAAAACACCAAAGCCUACAACACCAACCACCACAUCGACCACAACAGCAAGAACAACGCCCAGAAAAUCAAUAGUACCGAUAAGGACCACAAUAAAAACAACACCAACGACCACACAAUCCACUACAACAUCAGCAAAAAUCACAUCAACACCGAAACCAGAUAUUCCCAGUACUCCUUUCAUAGAUAUUCCCAGAAAAAUUAAAGGUCAAAACUCAACAACUUUAAGGAGGUCAAAUACAUCUUCCUACGUUAUUGACAGCGAUCCAAAAGCAGAAGCAGCCCAUAGAGGCUCCGCCUUAUUGAUAUGGACCCUUAUUAUAAUUCUAUUUGUAGUUUUAAUCGGUGUGGCAUAUCGGCGGUUUGGCGACCGAGCUGUUGCCUGGUAUAUGAUCCACUUUAGCAAAGACAAUGGCGGAGACGAGGAUACGUCAUCCAUUGCAACUAGUUUUAGUCGUUCAUCAAGUGCCAAAGACAAGAAUAAACCAACCAACCAACCAACAAAAACCCGCAAAAAAUCUGUCUUUUCGAAUGAGAUCACACGGCCUUUGGUUGAAGACGACGACUACGAGGACGAUGAAAAUGGCCACUUAAAUGGAAAUAUAGUCUUAAGGAACAGUAUUUAUUCAGAGCUAUAAUUAAAAAUAAAAAUAACUUAGCACAGGUAAA